CUGAGGGAAAUAACCCCCUGUCUCUGCUCCUAAAGGACAGCUGGGCUGUGCUUCCUGGGUUGAUUCCAGUCUACAAUGUGUUUACUGUCCUGUCAGCACUUAGAGAAAAGUCUAGCUAGUGUGGUAGCAUCAAUGAUUAACAGACUUACUUACAUAGCGAUCAGCCGUGUUGCUGGGGUGGGGCCUCCUCUGUCAAAAAGCACUUUCCGAAUCCGAGACGCCCGUGGUCUCUUCUCCAGCUGGCUGGAGCGACACUCCCAGCCCACUGCGCUGUCUGCUGACGCCCCUGUCUCCACCUCCUCAGACACUAGGGGUCGCAACGUGCGUGUGAGAUUGUUCUGCAGGGAAAUAUGAACCAUCCUGCCGAUUAUAUUUGAACUACAGCAAAAAAAAAUGUUUCCCCACUUAUUUAUUGAUGUAUUUAGAUAAAGAUCUAAGUUGAGAGCUUUGUUUGGUUUGAUACUGAUGGAGUUGAAAAAAUAAAACUUUUUUUUCUGAAUGUGGAUUUUCCAUGUAUCUGGUGUUCGACAAGCUCUAUUUUGCUGUUGGGAAAGUGUUUUGCAGGCCUUACCAACAAGUCUGAGAUAAACAAUGCUUUCAUUACAGUAUUUAUGAUAGCGAUUACAGUAUUUGAAUCGGCAUUUGGUGGUUGAAAAGGCAAGAACGUGUGCUUAAUAGAGCUCCACUGAUUACUGCAUUCGGAAAUAGACUUCAAACACAGACAUCACUACAAAAUCAUUAAAUGGUGAACUAGCAACUCACAUCUUCAAAUAUCUAAUAGUAAACGUAAGUUGCUAACAUAAUCAUCUUUUCUAAAACUGUUUUGUUGUUAUGAAACAAUUUCGUUUUGCAGCGUUAGGGAUUACCUGAAUUUUACGCGGAAAACUACAAAUCCCGGCAGCCACCGCGGCUUGACGCUCUUGCGGGGGUAUGACGCACUGCUCUGGAACUGCACGUCUCGAUGGCCUUCGGUGUGUGUCAUUAUAGUGACACACAGUAAGUUACGGCAGUUGAACUAGUUCCAGCCUUCUGCUUUCAGCCUAGGUGCAGUGCUUCACAGCACUGACCAACAGCAGCAUUCGCAGCUGCUCUUUCCCUGUCCCUGAGGAGCUGGGCGAGCAGCGGCCGCCGAUCCGAGGAUGCUGUGCGCCGCCGCGGCGGACAGGAACAAGGAGCCGAUCCUCCGUGUGCUGCGGGGCUGUGUGGACCCCAGCAGAGCGCUCCGGGCACUGGAGGUGUCUUCGGGCUCCGGGCAGCACGUCGUGCAUUUCGCCCAGGCUCUGCCCCAUAUCACCUGGCAGCCGUCAGACAUCGACCAGAGAUCGCUGGACAGUAUAGCAGCCUACAGGGAGCUGCUGAAACUGGAAAAUGUCGAGCCUCCCAUUCGCCUGGAUGCAUCCCAGAGCUGGGAGAGCUGGGGUGGGAUCCAGCCCGAGUCCCUCCACCUCAUAGUGAACAUCAACAUGAUGCACAUCUCUCCCCUGGCCUGCACUGAGGGUUUGUUUAAAGCGUCAGGGAAGCUCCUGAAACCUCAAGGAUUACUCCUGACGUAUGGGGUAAGGAUUCUGGAGAGAGUGCGCGUGUGUGUCGGCGAUUUCUCUGGGUCGCUGGCAGACGACAGUACUUGUGCGGACAGGACACUAUUUUGGAAUGAGAAUCCAAUUGCUGUUGCGGUGAUGGGCAAACAGCCCGCGUUCCAGGUUGUGAAUUUCUGCGCGACACUCUGCGUCUUUUCAACAUUUUGCUUCUGCUGCUACACACGGACAUCACGCCUGCUCACCGUAUGAGCAAAAGGCCCAGGUGUGAAGACUUAAGCCCCGAACCACCUACAGCAGCUCUAUUACAGUUUAACACCCUGCUUUCUGGAUUGACUAUAGUGAAGGAAAAAGCAAAAAAACAAGUUGUGGACAAGGGUCUGUUAAUCCUGAUUUGAGAAGAACGGACGUGCAGCCACAGUUAACUGUCCUGUCCGCUCUU